CGUUGCUGCAGCGCCCCAUGCACAAAUUUUGAUAACCGAAAUAUGAAAUUAGCGAGUAACCCUUAUCAUAAACCUCGCGAUCUCGAUAAAUGAUCCCUUCAGCUCAUUUUUAAUGUCACAAUCUAGCCCUACCUUAGUGUUAUAAUUGGAUCUUACCGGGCAAGAGAGACUUUGGCUUGGAAACCGCACUGUUCAGUGAGAUAUCUCAGACACAGCGCGCUUUUCAAAUGUUUAUUAGUGUACUGGAAGAUUGUUGUGAUGCGUUCAAUGACCACCUCUGCGGGGAUAUGGAUACAGCACGAAUAAAGUUAUCCCAGUUUUCUGCUACAACUUGGUGAAGAAAGUCAUCUUGAUCAUCUCCAGAUACUCUCAAAAUGGUUUUCAGGCCCACACAACGCGGUCUAUGCAAUGUUCAUGCAAAUACAUAUCACAAAUACUUCGAAUCACAUCGGGACCCAAAGCCGGCCACACCCUGUAUUCGGUGAAUACCCGACAAUUUCCCAAAGGAUAACCAGUCGCCUUCGUGAAUCAUCCGUCAGUAUAACUCUGCCAAUUUCACCAUAUCAACCAAACGCAGCCAUUCACAAGGCUUGUUCUUCGUUUCUGACAUUCCAAUUAGAAGUCCUUCAGUGUUCAACGCAGUUUGAUUUCCAUCGUCCAACGCAGUUUUAUUUCCACAGUUCAACGCAGUGUGACUCAACGUUUCGAGUAAAGAUCCAGGUGUGUCUAGAGGCGUUCACCGUGCAAGCACUGUAUGAAGGGUUGUUGGUCAUUAGCUGGACCACGGCCCAAUCGAGACCCCAGCGCUGGAACAGUUCGGCACAGCUGGCCACUCUUCUGGUUCUCUUCGCCACUUUGACCAUAGCAAACAGGUGCUGCGCUGCACCGGUAGUCCAAUUGAACCAUAGGCCAUUUCAUGAUUCCAAACGCCCAACUUCCAGUUUAGUCAUAAGUAGGUUAUUUAGUUAUGAACGUGAUACUAGCAUAAUUUCCGACGAUUCUAUUGCAACUGAUAGAAACACCACAUUCGUGAAAAGAAACAAGCGUGCGUUCGAACCGUAUCUGAGGAACAGGAUCAGCAGGUUGAGAAGCAAAUUAUUUUCCGAAAGUAAUUCAACGACUUUCAAAAACUCUCGAGCCAAAUAUGAACAGUUGAGUGCGAGUGAUGGUGGGGGUAGUGUCGAUAAUACGCGAGUGACUUUGAAUGAAACGUUUCAGGCAGAGAAUCGUCAGAACGGUAGCACUUUUCCGAAUCGAGGAUCAGAAGUGAGGGGUUUUCCACGGCCGAUGCCACCAGCUCAUGCUCAGGACGACGAAUCAU